CGACGCAGCACCACCGAGCAAAUCAACAAAUCAAAAAUCCAAAUCAACUUGAGUCUUCAGAUCAGCCAGCGAGCGAGGGAGAAUGGAGGGCAGGGUGUUCGGGCUGGAGACCCCGCUGAUGACGGCGCUGCAGCACCUGCUGGACAUCCCCGAAGGCGAGGCCGGCAACGCCGGCGGCGAGAAGCAGGGCCCGACUCGCGCCUACGUCCGCGACGCGCGCGCCAUGGCGGCCACCCCCGCCGAUGUUAAGGAGCUCCCUGGCGCGUACGCGUUCGUGGUGGACAUGCCGGGGCUCGGGUCCGGCGACAUCAAGGUGCAGGUGGAGGACGAGCGGGUGCUGGUGAUUAGCGGCGAGCGCCAGAGGGAGGAGAAGGAGGACGCCAGGUACCUGCGCAUGGAGCGCCGGAUGGGGAAGCUGAUGCGCAAGUUCGUGCUGCCAGAGAACGCCGACAUGGAGAAGAUCUCCGCCGUGUGCCGCGACGGCGUGCUCACCGUGUCGGUCGAGAAGCUUCCGCCGCCAGAGCCCAAGAAGCCCAAGACCAUCCAGGUCCAGGUUGCCUGAGAUGGAGGACCAGUGGUCUUGCCUGCCUGCACGUCUGAUCGAAGCUGAGUGGGUAGUGACCGAUGAUUAGCGAGGGAGUUCACUGUGAUAAGUGAUGUGUUUUCUUCUAUCUGCCGGCGCUGUGCCUUGAGCGGAUAUCGUGUCAGUCUGGAUGUUUGGUGUUUCGUCAAUGGAAAUGGGGACGAUCUCCUGCUUUGUCUGAAUAAAUGUAUGAAUGGUUUGGCCACAUUCUUGUUUUUGAAAAUUUCAAGUAGUGCGUUCUAAGUUUUA